AUGGCCUCUCAUGUUCUGUGCCUGGCCACCACUCUGGUGCUGUGCUUCUCAGCGGGCGAUGCCCUUCUGAGACGUGGUCUCUUUCCGCCCACCGGUCCGGCCAAUGUGCACAUCACCCACCGAAACCAUUACGACCAAGACAACAGCUCUGCCCUCUUUUUGACGCCGUUCAUAAAGUCAGGCCAGUUGGCCGAAGGUCGUCGACUAGCUCAAGUGGGCGUCCUCCCGGGCGGUGCGCCGGCGCAGGUGAAGAGCUACGCUGGCUUUCUCACCGUCAACAGCUCCUACAACUCCAAUCUGUACUUUUGGUUCUUUGAAGCGCUGUCGGGCAAAACUGACGUUCCGGUGUUGCUCUGGCUUCAGGGUGGCCCUGGCGGCAGCUCUCUGUUUGGUCUUUUUGUGGAGAAUGGCCCCUUUGUGGUGGACCAAAAGCUGGGAGUGACGCUGCGCAAUCACACCUGGAAUGAGCACUUUGCCGUGCUGUACAUUGACAAUCCAGUCGGUACGGGCUUCUCCUUUACGGACAAUGAUAAAGGCUAUGCCCGUGACGAGAACGACGUGGCUCGUGAUCUUUACGCCGCCUUGGUGCAGUUCUUCACCCUCUUUGAAGCCUACCGCGGGAGGCCGUUUUUCGCCACAGGCGAAAGCUACGCAGGCAAAUACGUGCCCGCCAUCGCCCACCGAAUCCACCAGGCGGGCGACGAGGCCAAGGCGGCGGGCAUCAACCUCCAGGGACUGGCCAUUGGCGACGGCCUCUGCGAUCCGCGAAACAUGGGCGGUUAUGGGCCGUUUCUUUUUCAGGUUGGCCUGAUCGACGAGCCGCAGCGAGAGCACUUCAACCAGGUGGAGAAGGCGGCGGCGGAGCUGAUCGACGCCGGCCAGUACUUCAAGGCCUUCCAGCUGUGGGACGAGCUGCUGAACGGCGAUCUGACGGCCAACACCGGCUCCUACUUCAAGAACGCCACCGGACUCAACUUUUACUACAACUUUCUCCUUGACACGGAGCCGGCCGAUUUUGAGUACUACAACGCCUACCUGGGCCUGAGCGAAACUCGAGAGGCCAUUCACGUGGGCAACCGCCCGUACAAUGACGGCGCCGCCGUGGAGCAGCACAUCGUCAAUGACAUCAUGCAGAGCGUGCGACCAUGGGUGGAAGAGCUGCUGGACGCCGGCUACCGAACGCUGAUCUACAGUGGCCAGCUGGACAUUAUCGUGGCGGCGCCGCUCAGCGAGAACUUCCUCCAGGCGCUCCAGUGGAAGGGCAAAGAGCGGUAUCGAGCUGCACCGAGGACCAUCUACAAGGUGGGCCAGCGAGGUGGUGCUGGUGAUAAUUCUCAGGAGCUGGUGGCCGGCUACGUACGCCAGGUGGACGGCCUCCUCUACCAGAUUAUCAUCCGCAAUGCCGGCCACAUUCUGCCGUACGAUCAGCCACUGGUGGCGCACGACAUGAUCACUCGAUUUGUGCGGGGUGACCGCUUUUAG